GCUCAUGUUGGGCGAUUUAAUCGGUUAAUAAAGCUAUGUGGAGAUAAACUGGGCACACAAGCUACUAUGGAGAUUUUUGAUAACUUGGGAAGAGAGUCUGGUUUGAAAGAGUACAAUGCUCUAAUAGCAGUUUGCCUGGAGAAGGCUAGGACCAGCAAUGAUGAAGAUGAUGCCUUAGAACAUAUGUCUGAGGCUUUUAGAACUUUUAAGAAAAUUAGGGAACAGGGCUUUGAGGUAGAGGAGGGCACCUAUGGUCCAAUCCUGUAUUUUAUUGACAUGGGUAUGGUAGAAGAGUUCUAUUUUUUGUGUGGACCUAUCAAAGAAGGGAAUCCAAGUUCUGUUGCAAGGUUAGGCUACUAUGAGAUGCUGUUGUGGAUAAGAGUCAAUAAUGAAGAAAAGAUUCAAGAACUUUGUCUUGCAGCUGAUGACAAGGAAGUUGAUUUUGCAUUAAAAGAAAAUUAUUUGUUAGCACUUUGUGAAUGUGGAAGGAAAAAGGACCUCAUGCAACUUCUAGAGGUUGUUGAUAUAACAAGAAUUUCAUCUAUGAACCAAGCUGCAUAUAUAUUCGAAUCAUGGGGGAGGCUAUCAUUAUAUUCAUUCGUGGAGAAGUUCCUUUUGACACUAAAAAGCAAUGGUAUGUUAUUUGUUCUACUUGUUUUUCUCCUGUUGGGUAGGCUCCUAAAUCUUGUCUGGUAUUACGAUUUGGUUGAUAUCUCAUGGCUCGUCUUUAGUUAUUUCAGCGGCAUUCCUAAUUUAGCGGUUCAUGAUUUGUUUCUGAAAUUCAAAAGCUUGCACAUGAAAUUCAAGAUAACACCGUCAUCUGCAUCAUAUGAGAAGCUCAUUACCUUUUGCUGUGAGUUACACAAGGUGCAUUUGGCUCUUGACAUAGCUGAUGAGAUGUGUGAAGUGGGUUUGAGCUUGUCUAUAGAUACACUACAUAGCAUAUUGUAUGCUUGUGAAGAGAUUUACGAGUAUAAUUUGGUUCGGCGAAUUUAUGAUCUGAUUUGCCACCAUAAUUUGAAGCCCAACGGUGAGACCUUCAGGAGUAUGAUAAGUUUGUCUGCGAGAAUGAAAGAUUUCAGCGGAGCAUAUACAAUGCUCAAUGACAUGAAGAAAUUCAAUGUCACAUCCACAUGUAGUAUUUAUAACACAAUACUGGCAGGAUACUUUCGAGAGGGCAACAUUAGUGGUGCAUUGAUGAUACUCAAGGAAAUGGGAAGUGAAGAUAUACAACCAGAUUCUCAUACUUUUAGCUAUCUAAUAGGGAAUUGCAAUCGUGAAGAGGAUAUUACAAAGUACUGCGAAGAAAUGAAGCGUACUGGAGUUCCAGUUACAAAGCAUAUUUUUAUGGCACAAAUAAAUGCAUAUGCAGCUUGUGGGCAAAUUGGGAAGGCAAAACAGGUAGUCUUGGACAAAAUGAUACCUGUUUGCAGCAUAAAUGAAAUCAAGAGCAGAGAUUCAAAAAACGGUCGUGUAACGCGACGUGACCGAAAACGGCCGCGAACGCUAUUUAAAUCCCUGAUUAAGAGUGUGCUCGUGUCAGCUCUUGCAUCGAAUGGGAUGAUGCCUGAUGCAUUAAACCUUUACAAGGAAAUCAAGCAAAAGGGGACUUUGGAGCCUAAAGUUGCUAUCGUUCUCAUUGAGCAUUUUACAUCCGAGGGAGAGUUGAGUAUAUUACUUCAAGUAUUGGAGGAAAUACAGGAUCCAGACUAUUGGGUUGAUGGAUGUUGCAGACUAGUCUUACAUUGUGUUAGAAAUAAGCACUUAAGAUCGGCUAUUGAUUUGCUCAAGCAGCUUAAUGAUAAGCUUCAUACCGAUGAUUUGGCUAUGGAAGCUGUUUUCGACAAGUCAUUAGAAGACAACAAGGGGGGUGGGGGGAAGUGCUUUCCAUCUCUAAAUGUAUUUGAGUUUUUACAAAUGCUGGUUGAUAUUGUGUGUAAUUGCGGAGAACAGCCUAAUGAUUUAAGGCUUGCCUUGGCUUUGCUUCAAGCCAUGAAGGAUGAAUUUGGCCUUACCCCUUCUCGUAAACGUCUCGACUUUCUCCCUUGCGUAAAUGAAAAAGAUUUACAGAACUCUCUUUUAAUUUGGAGUGAAUGUCAGGCAGCUGGCCUUCGUUUCAAUGUUUUAACAUUCUUAAGGAUGUAUCAAGCCCUUUUGGCUUCAGGAGAUCCUAAGUCUUCAAAGAGUUUGCUAACUAAGAUUCCGAUGGACGACCCGCACGUUCGAUGCAUUAUCAAGGCAUGUCGAGAGAGUUAUGUUCAGUCAUCGAGCAUGACAAAGACAGAAGCAGAAGCUGAAGAAUAA